GGAGCCGGGGCCGAAGCGGCGGAAGCGGGAGGGAGCCAUGCAGGGCCGGGGCCUUGGGGGGCCUCCGCGGGAGAGGAGCCGGAGCAGCACCCUUCCCUCCUCCUCCUCCUCCUCUUCUUCCUCCUUCUCUUCGGGUGGCGGAGGUUCAACGUUGCUGUCUUGAGCGCCCGCCUUUGCUUCCUUCCUCCUUCCUUCCUCCGUCUCUGGCUGAGGAUGGCGGGGGCCUCGGCGGCCGGGGGCCUGAGCUACUCCCCGCCUUGGUGGGUCUCCCUCCUCCACCGCCUGCCCCACUUCGACCUCCGAUGGGAGCCCACUGGGGACGAGUUCCGACCCGAAGACGCCGAGUACCAGCAGGCCCUGUUGUUACUGGGAGGCGUUGCUCUCUCCUGCCUUGCUCUGGAUCUCCUCUUCCUCCUUUUCUAUUCCUUCUGGUUGUGUUGUCGCCACCGGAAAAGUGAGGAACUGAAUGCGGAUUGCUGUUGCACAGCCUGGUGCGUCAUCAUUGCAACGCUCGUCUGCAGCGCUGGCAUAGCUGUCGGCUUCUAUGGGAACGGGGAGACCAGUGAUGGCAUUCAUCGGCUAACGUACUCCUUACGACAUGCCAAUCGCACCGUUACCGGGGUCCAGGACAGGGUGCGUGACACUGCCGUGGCUCUGAACAAAACAGCAGAGCCUUAUUUGGGGGACCUGGAGGUCAUGUUCGCCAAGCAGACGGAUUAUCUCCACGUGGUCCAAAAACUCCAGGGACUCCUGGACGAGCUGGUGAGGCAGACAACAGAAAUUCCUUUCUGGAAGAACGACGAGGUCUCAUUAGAUGAGCUGGCAGAUCGUGUGGAUCAGUAUGACUGGUACAGAUGGUUGGGAUACCUGGGCCUGCUCCUCUUCCACGUCUUGAUCUGUUUGCUGGUGCUGUUUGGAUUAAUUAGAAACUCAAAAGGCAUUCUUAUCGGAGUGUGUCUUCUCGGGGUUCUCGCCCUUGUCGUGAGCUGGGCUUCCCUGGGUCUGGAGCUGGCUGUUGCGGUGGGUUCCAGUGACUUUUGUGUUAACCCUGAUGCUUACAUCUCCAAAGUGGCGGAGGAUAACGCGGUGCUCACUACUGAUACCCUGAACUAUUACCUUGCGUGCAGUACUGGCUACCCAAAUCCCUUUCAGCAGAAGCUAUCAGGAAGCCACAAAGCCCUGGUUGAAAUGCAGGAUGACGUGCUAGAUCUCAUGAAGUCUGCAAUCAAGGAAUACCCCACUUCUAAGGAGUACCUUAAUCGAGUCCAGGAAGUCCUGAACUCCACGGAAAUCAACCUGCAGCACCUGACUGCCUUGGUGGACUGUCGGAGUCUCCAUUUGGAUUACAUCCAGGCUCUGACGGGCUUCUGCUACGACGGUGUGGAAGGGCUCAUCUACUUGGUUCUCUUCUCCUUCGUCACAGCCCUCAUGUUCAGUUCCAUUGUGUGCAGUGUCCCACAUACCUGGCAGCAAAAAAGGAGUUCGGACGAAGAUGCAGAGGACGAGUCUACGGCUCAAGGGAACCGGCAAACACACGACAACUUGUACAGGGUCCACAUGCCCAGCCUCUACAGCUGUGGGAGCAGCUAUGGCAGCGAGACCAGCAUCCCAGCGGCAGCGCACACCGUCAGCAAUGCUCCUGUUACAGAGUACAUGACCCAGAAUGCAAACUUCCAGAAUCCCCGCUGUGAGAACACUCCUUUGAUUGGCCGGGAAUCUCCUCCCCCUUCUUACACCUCCAGCAUGAGAGCCAAAUACCUCGCCACCAACCAGCCUCGGCCGGACACUGGCAGUGUGCAUUAAAGACUCUGAACGUGUUUUAAGUCAAUCAAAACAAAAACAAAACAAACGGAAGAAAACGUGCCAACUGCUGCCACCCGCCCUCCGCUGCCCUCGCAGACCAGCCCUGCUUCCCCUGCCUCCCUCGCCCUGGAUCCGACUCAAUCGCUUUUCCUUCUUCUCCUGCCUUGGCCUGGGACAUGUCUCUUUGGGACCAUCUUUGAUGGAAGAGUAUUCCAGAUCCAGUCAAUGCUUACUUGCACCUGUUUGUGUGUGUGGGGAGAGAGAGAGAGAGAAAUGAAUGCACAUGCAUGCACACACACGCAGGAGAUCGACCCAUCCGCCUGCUUUGCUCUGUGGUGUUUUGAAAUCCAUGCUUGAGGACAACUUUUCAGGAAAUUGCAAGCUGUUUCUCAUCUCCUCCCGUUGGGGGGGUCUCUUUCCAAUCCGAAAAUGACCUGUCUCAAUUGUGCGAAAGUGUUUGUGGAUGUGACAACAUGACCUAAGGAAGCCUCCUUCAAUGCGCACACUGUCAUAAAGUUCCAAUGCGCCCAACCCUUUUUGCAGCUGCUCUUGAGAAGCCCGUUUCCCAGCAUCAAGCGAAAUCUAGGAAGCCAUUUGAUCCUUCCAUUUGAGGAUGAGAAGGUCUGCUGAUCCAAUCAUCCUCCUUUGUGUGUAUUGGAUGCCGCCCCCCCCCCCCGCCCCCCGGAUACAACUUUAUGUCUCUCUUUUUGUACCUGGGACGAAUGAGUGGGCUUCCUGUACCAGAUACUCUAUAAAUGUGUGUGUGUACAAGCCGACAACACACACAUCCACCGGUUGCACUAUACCUGCCCUUUGGACUAUACCUUCUAAGCUAUCAGCAAGACAUCCUGGAAACUGGAUUCAGCAAUUUCUUCUGGUGCCAAAAUAUUUUAGAGUUGCAAAGAAAAAGAAAGAGAAAAGCUUUGUAGGGUGUAGAGGAAGCGUCCAGCCUCAGCUGUUAUCUGCCCUUGCUUGAAUUCAACCCACAUCAAGACCAAACAAGGUUGCCAUCAGAAA